GAGAAAAAAAUACUUUAAGACCAAACCUAAGUUGCCUGGCCGCACUCCUCCUCCUCCUGCUGCGGCCGUCUUCUUCCCAUACUUCUAUAACACACGGCGGUGCUCGUAGAAGUUUUGGGGAGCGACCAUGGGGCGUAGCAGCAACAGCAGUCAAGCUCUUCUAGACCUCGAAAACAGCACUCAGAAUUCCUCUUCCAAAGAAUCAGCGCUUCUUGUUUGCAAAAGAGGUGAUGAGGAUCUGUUGAAGAAGCUCGAAGCGGCAAAAACUAAAGCUAAUGGACCUCCUGAUUCCAAGCCCGCCAUUGCCGCUCCUCCUCCUAGCCAAGUUAUGGGAAAAGUGAGGGAUUUUUUAGGAGUCAUGGCAGAGUCAAACAAGAAGUUGCAGCUCGAUGCAAUGAACUCUAAGAAUUAUGAUAUUGAGGCACUCACAGGGGAUGAAUCAGAAUACAUCGAAAUGGAUUUGAUGCUGGGUGUUGCUGAUCUUCACACCCCUGCAGCGGUGGCUGCUGCUGAAUCUGCCAUUGUUGGUUCUCAACCAGUCAUUUCUCUUGAUGCUAGUAGCAGUGACUCCGAAUCCGAAGAUAGCAGUGACGAUGACAAUGACGACGAUGAUGAUGAUAGCAAUGAUGAAACUAACGAGGGUAAAUGUAAAACUCUCGAUGAUAAACCGACAAAAGCAAUGUCUGAGAAUGGCCAAAGAAGAAAGCGACCGAAGAUCAUUGAGCUCAUGUAGUUCGAAAUCCACGAUGAUGUCAAGAGAAAGUGCGACAAUAGCUGGUUUUGCACAGGGUAUGCACAGUGCGACAAUAUUAGGAAGGAGGUAGAGUUCCAUAAUUACUGCAGUUUGUUGGUGAUUAUUACAGUGUAUGCAUGAAAUAUUGCUUCGGAUUAUAUCAGUUUUGCUCGAUCUAAAUCGAUACGUUUUAUUC